AUGAUCUGUCUGCUGGCCUUCCCGAAGGUCAGCCUGUUUAUUCUCGUGUUUUUCCCGUCGGAGGCGCUGAUCACGGCAGCUCGGGGCAUCUUGUAUGGCCCGUCUUCGUUAAGUGGCCGCGGGGGCUCGGGCGGCCCCAAGCCGAAGGCACAGCUGUGGGGUCUGAAGUCUGUAACUCCCGGAUUCAUUGCUGCCAUUAUUGUUUUCGUUUUGCAUCGCCUUACCCCAGACGGAGAGUGGCAUUCUCCAGGCAAAGUCACGCACGUCAACUGGGAAGCUCGAUUCGACACGUAUCUACUGAUUUUGCAUAGGAAUUUCGAGUGGACCGAUAAGCUUAUCGCCUACUGGAACGAGAGGCUCUUUCCGUCUGCAUCCGGCUCCACAAAGAAGCGUUCGGCCCCCAAGGACCCUCUCGCUCAUGCGAAGUCCCUUUUCGAUAAGAUCCAGGCUCGAUCCGUGUCGUCUGACGCUGGUGAUGCCGAUGCCCAGCCAGCUCCUCAAGCCCAACCGUCCGAUGCCCUCCAGAUCGAGACACAGAUCGGCCAGAUGACGAUCUCGGGCACGAACAUCGCGAUUGCGCCGGCUUCGUCUGUCACGCGCGUAGCGUCUGCUCGCGCUGCUGCUUCAUCGUCUACUCCGCAGCCCUUGAGCUCGGCUUCAGCGGUUCCCCACGAGACGCCCCGUGAGCCGGUUGCAGCCCCCAUGGCUGUAGCUGAUCCCCUCGCCACCAAACCGGCGCGCAAGACCCGCGCGAAGGCGAAGGAACCUCAGGCCCAACAGCAGGCGCCAGAGGAGACUCAGCCUGCCGAACCGAAGAGGGCGAAGCGUACGAAGCGUACUUAG